AUGAAGCAGUUUGGUUCUCCAAAGCAACAGUUUGGUUCUCCCACGAUUGCCCCUAAGCCACUGUCGUCUGGAGACAUGACCAGCCGAUUGAAAAUACAGGGACCAUAUUGCCACCCGUCUAGUCCGAGUCUGAAGCCAAAGUCGUGUGUUGCAGACUGGCAUGCUGCAGCUAAGGGCCAUACUGAAAUAGUCAGAAUAUUCCUAGGCAAAGCCGCCAAACCUGAUAAGGGUUAUGCUCUGACAAUCGCUGCAGAUAAGGGCCAUACUGAAAUAGCCAGACUACUCCUAGACAAAGGAGCCCGUCCUGAUAAGGGUUAUGCUCUGACAAUCGCUGCAGCUAAGGGCCAUACUGAAAUAGCCAGACUACUCCUAGACAAAGGAGCCCGUCCUGAUAAGAAAGGUCCACGUGAUACACAACAGAUGCACGAUGCCGAACAGGGAUAUAAUCCUAAGGGUCAUGCGCUAGAAGCAGCCUCAUCCGGUGGCCAUACAGAAACAGUCAGAAUUCUCCUUGACAAAGGCGCCCGCCUUGAUAAUGGUCAUGCGCUAGAAAAAGCCUCAUCCGGUGGCCAUACAGAAACAGUCAGACUUCUCCUUGACAAAGGCGCCCGACCUGAUCAUGGUCAUGCGCUAGAAAAAGCCUCAUCCGGUGGCCAUGCAGAAACAGUCAGACUUCUCCUUGACAAAGGCGCCCGACCUGAUCAUGGUUAUGCGCUAGAAAAAGCCGCAUCCGGUGGCCAUACAGAAACAGUCAGACUUCUCCUUGACAAAGGCGCCCGACCUGAUCAUGUGAGUGUUUGA